AAGUGAAGCCUCCAUCCAUACAAUCGUCUAUGCUGCGCUAUUCAGUUCUCCAAGCUUGUUCUAAUUGGUGACUCGGGAGUUGGCAAAUCGUAACUAUGUUUCUUGUUCUUCCCUAGCUCACACAGGCCCUUACGUACAUUGGUCCUUUUACAGCUCGUGCAGCAUAAAUUCACCGAGAAGGGCCUGAUUGGCAUCUUGGCCUCGACCACAAAAUUUUCAUGGUUAAAAAUCUGGAUGGCCUUUUUCAGUGGGCGAAGGGAUGUAUAUAUGAUACUGCAGGCUUGGAGCGUUCCGACGCGAUUUCCUCAUGGUAUGCAGCCACUCUGCGUUUUGUCAUUGUUUAGGCUUCAUCGGUUACUACUAUGACGCUGUCGGUGCUCUGUUGGCAUACGAUAUCACGAACGGAGCAUCGCACGGGAACGUGACGCGGUGGUUGAAAGGGCUUCGUGAUCGCGGAAAGCCGAACAUCGUUAUCAUGCUUGUUGGAAAUGAGACCGAUUCGAAAGACUACCUGAGGAUGGUUCGCACUGAUGAUGCAAAGGCCUUCGCAGCCUUUUAUUUUUUAUUUUGCAAAAGUUCGGCGUGAGAGCACUCAACUGUCGUCAAAGCUUUCUGCUCCGUCAUAAAUGAGAUUCAUCGUAUCAGGACGUCCGGGAAUACAAUCGUUCUGAUUAUUGUAACAAAUUGUAGUGGCGCUGGGCCACGCCAGUCCCCAACACCCUUUGUGCACUGACCGACGGGCGAUUUAUCAGUCUGAUCAGUGUCUAUGCAUGUGAAUGGUACCUCUAUAUACAGUCGGGUAAAAAUGGGACGGAAGAUGUUGAGCUGUUGAGUGUGUAUAGUAGGGAUAUCUGUGUCGACCAUGUGUGCACUAGCCUUGGGAACGCGCCCAAUCAUACCCAUAUGUCACAGUAUGCCUAGACAGUCCUUAGGCCCCAGUGUCUGUAGGGCUUCAUAUCUUUUGAAAAUUUUCAACAGGCUCUCAGCGCACCGCUGGACCGCUCGGACGUAAU